AUGUUCUUGUACGAUAAGGCCGUGCCUGUCAACGAGCAGGUCAUCGUCGACACCACGGCAUCUGCGACUCCCUUCGAAGGGGCCUCGUCCAAGGCUUCGCCGCCGACGACCAUCGACGACACGGCACAUACGAAUGAUCGGGCGGGGAAACAUUACCACAUCUGGUUGGUAAACGGCCCAGCCGGGUGCGGUAAAACGACAGUGGCCGAGUACCUGGCUGAUGCGCUCGACAUGCCCUACAUUGAAGGCGAUGCGCACCACACUGGAGAGAACUUAGAUAAGAUGCGCAGCGGCACUCCGCUUACAGACGCAGACCGCUGGGACUGGCUCACCGCCCUCCGCGACGAGUCUAUGCGUCAAAUCGAUCGUGGGUCUGAUGGUGUCAUAAUGACUUGCUCAGCCCUGAAACGCAAGUAUCGAGAUGUGAUUCGAGUCGCCGCCUACUACGACCACGAAAUCCUCGUUCACUUCAUCUUCCUCAACGCGCCCGUAGAGGCGCUGCUCCAGCGGGUCACGAAGCGACAGGGUCACUACAUGGGUUCCAACAUGGUUCACAGCCAAUUCAAAAUCAUCGAGCGGCCGGCUGAAGACGAGACGGACGUCAUUAGCAUCGACGCCGACCGCAGCAUCGAAGAGGUCAAGAAGGAUGCUUGGGCCAGGGUGUGUGACAUCACCAAGGCUUACCAGCAGGACCAGAACUAG